UCGUCAUCCUGCUUCGGAAAUACUCAAUGUUGCUCAUGAGCGACGAUGAUCAUGAUCUUUUGAAAGCUGGAAAUGUUUUUCUUUACGGUUUCCCGUCUUCGAGUGAAGACCUGGACACUCGUCCUUCACAACACAGGUGCCUUGGUUGGGAGCUACAAAUUGAACUACUUCCGUUGGUAUCCCAACAGCUCUCGGCUUGAAUUAAGCGCGGCUAAUCUAGUCUCCAAGUUGACAAGCGCUCCUCCUCUUGUGAGUGGCCCGCUCUCCGUCGGCGCGAUAUCCGAAUGCAAGUCAUUCAUUGCAAGCAGAAGCCUGUCAGAGUAGCGCGAGACUUGUAAGCACUGCGAAAGCCGACAGUCCAAUAGACGCGUUGGGCACGGCAUUUGGCCAUGAGUCGGGCAGUUCUCUUUGCUUGGCAGGCUGCCUUCUGUCUCUCCAUCAUCCUCAGUCUCUACUGGUAUCUCGGCCAUGACCAGCUAUCCAACGUGCACACGCCACCAUCAUCCUUUUCUGGCCUCGGCACCGGGCACGACCACGACAGCAACCAGAGGCAUUGGUGGGUUUCAGGCACUCCUGGCAAGGUCCUACCGACACAUACCGCUGUCUCAGUCAGCCAAGCACCUUCAGCAACCCCGACCACAGCCGCCAUCACGCCAGCCUCUAACAAGACCACUGGCAAUGAUGUCCUCCCACCGUCGAAUCGUACCGCUUACGUCCAUGCGAUAAUCCACCCCGAUGACAAGACACUCCCACGCCUCAAAUGCCCUUCCUUUAACUCUUCCCGCUACGAAUAUCUCAAAGCCCAAGAUGACGAAGGCGACACCAACACCUCGACAAUCCAGUACUUCUUCGCCCUCGACAUUCGCGAGCGUCUCCCACUUCUACCUCGUCUUUUGGGGAGCAUAGUCGAAGCUAUCCGUUUUCUCGGACCCGAACAUUGUGCCCUAUCUAUAAUCGAAGGUAAUUCGUACGAUGGAACUGGGCAAGUCCUCGAGGCACUCCGCUCGGACCUGGACGCCCUCCACAUAAGAUACUACUUCAACUCGAGCGUCGUGAACCCGAAGGAGGGCCAUCGCAUCGACAAGCUCGCCAAACUGCGAAACCUAGCACUAGAACCUAUGCUCAACCCCAACAAUGCGCACCUGUAUAAUAACGAUGCAAACACGACCGUGGUCUUUCUCAACGAUGUCGCCAUCUGCCCGGAUGAUAUACUCGAGCUGGUUCAUCAGCGUCACUUUCUCGGCGCGGACAUGACGUGUGCGAUGGAUUGGACAUACGCCGGGCGGGAUCCCACCUUUUACGAUGUCUGGGUUGCACGGACACUUGCCGGAGGGGACUCAUUCUUUGAGAUUCCAUCGGAUGGCAACUGGAACUCUGCCUGGAACCUCUUUUGGGACGAGCCGACGGCGCGACAGCGUUUCUCCGCCAAGCAACCAUUCCAAGUGUUCUCGUGUUGGAAUGGGGCCACGGCUUUCACGGCAAAGCCCUUCCUUGAGAACAAGAUUAGGUUUCGGGGACCAAGAAAGGAUGAAUGCAUGCAGGGAGAACCGCAACUUCUAUGCAAAGACCUAUGGUGGCAUGGCUAUGCCAAGAUCGCUGUUGUACCGACUGUCAAUCUAGAGUACUCGGACGAGAAGGGAAAGCAGAUUAAGGAGGCCAAGGGUUUCACGAGCCAUUUGGUCGGCGCAGAGGGUCACAAGGACGAAGCCAUUCAGUGGCAGGCAAGCCCGCCCGAAAAGGUCAAGUGCAUGCCUGACUACGCCCAUCAGUUCUUUGAGGAGUGGAACAAGACGCAGCCUGGGGAAUGAGCCAGAUAUGUGUCGAGAAUGACACUACAGCAGUCCGCACAGCUCAAGCAUGCCAUUCGGAGCAUGGUCCUCCCCGGGAAUGGAAUGGACAGCAUUCUGACAGUACUGGAAUGUCUCCUGAUGCUAAUUCU